AUGAACAAUAGAAAAUCGAUAGUAACUAACAAAUUUGAUGGCGCAAUAAAUACAUCUUCAUUUCCAGAGGAUGCAAAAAGUCAUCGACGUAUCAAUAUUGAACGCAUGCAAAAUGUUCUUCUUAUCUGGUUAGAUAGUAAAAUUGAUGAGACGUAUGAUGAUUGCCAAAAUACAAUCACACAACUGCGACGGGCUAUCAACGACAUCAAUACAUUCACAGAUGGUGAUAAAUGUCUAGAAUUCAUUCGAGCGACCACCGAUAAAAAGAUAUGUAUGAUCAUAUCUGGAUCACUUGGGCAACAUAUUGUGCCUCGUGUGCAUAGUAUGUCUCAUAUUGAUUCAAUCUUUAUUUUUUGUAACAACCAAAAACAUCAUGAACAUUGGGCUAAAAAUUGGCCUAAAAUAAAGGGUAUCUACACAGAUAUUACACAUAUCUGUGAAGCUCUUAAAUCGGCAGCUCAUCAAUGUGAGCAAAAUGCUAUUCCAAUGAGUUUUGUGGGAUUAAACAAAAAAUUGGAUCAAUUAGAUCCUUCUUUUAUGUAUACACAACUCAUCAAAGAAAUACUACUGAGCAUUAAGUUCGAACAAAAACACAUUCAAGAUUAUAUUAAUUACUGUCGCGAUGUUUUUGGUGACGAUGAAGAAGAAAUGGUUCAUAUUAAACAAUUUGAAGAUGAAUACUACGACGAACCACCAAUUUUUUGGUACACCUGUGACAUGUUCCUCUAUCCGAUGCUCAAUCGAGCAUUACGAUUGAUGGAUGGUGAUAUCAUUACAAGAAUGGGCUUCUUCAUCGGUGAUUUGCAUAGAAAUAUCGAACAACUACACAAGGAACAAUAUGCUGGUCAAACUUCCGAUGACACCUUUACCCUUUAUCGUGGACAAGGUUUAUCUAUAGGGGAUUUUGAACAAAUGAUGAAAGCUAAAGGUGGUCUUGUUUCAUUUAACAACUUUCUAUCUACCAGUGAAAACAUCGAAGUUUCACUAGAUUUUGUACAAAAUGCUACAAGAAAUCCAGAUCAAGUGGGAGUUCUUUUUAUCAUUCAGAUUAAUCCUGCUCAAUUAACAACACCCUUUGCUUCUAUUGCUGGUAUCAGCGCUAUGAAAAAAGAAAAUGAAGUCUUAUUUUCAAUGCAUACCGUAUUUCGCAUCCAAGAUAUUAAACAGAUGGAUGGAUAUAAUCGUUUAUAUGAAGUUAACUUGGCACUUACUGCUGAUAAUGAUCCAGAAUUGAACAGACUUACUGACUGCAUUCGACAAGAGAGUUAUCCAGAUAAAGAAGCAUGGUUCAGAUUGGGUUCGGUAUUACGUAAAAUGGGUCAGUUUGACAAAGCUGAAGGUCUUUAUCAAGUUUUACUUGAUCAAACCAAAGAUAAUCAAACCAAGGCAGAUAUUUAUCAACAACUUGGUAGGAUCAAAGAUGAUCAAAGAAAAUAUCCAGACGCACUUACAUUCUUUGAGAUAUCUCUUGCAAUCUAUCAAAAAACUCUUUCUCCCACUCAUCCUGAUUUAGCUAUGGCCUAUAACGAUAUUGGUAUAGCGCAUAUCAGGAUGGGCAAUUAUACAGAAGCACUUUCAUUCCAUGAAAAAACCCUUGAAAUUCGACAACAAUUACUUCCUCCCAUUCCUCUUCAUUUAGCUAUGUCCUACAACAACAUUGGUGUAGUGCAUCACAUCACAGGUAAUUAUCCGAAAGCACUUUCUUAUUACGAAAAAGAUCUUGAAAUUCAACAGCAAUUACUUCCUUCCAAUCAUCCUGAUUUAGCAUGUUCCUACAGCAACAUUGGUGAAGUCCAUAACACUAUGGGUAAUUAUCAAAACGCACUUUUAUUAUACGAAAAAGCUCUUGAAAUUCAACAACAAUCACUUCCUCCCAACCAUCCUGAUUUAGCCGAGUCUUACAACAAAGUUGGCAAUGUACAUAGAAACAUGAGUAAUUACUCAAAAGCCCGUACAUUUUAUGAACAUUCUAUACAAAUUGGACAACAAUCAUUACCUUCAAAUCAUUCAGAACUUCAAAAGUGGAAAAAUAACUUCGAACUUGUAAAAAACAAAUAA